AUGGACUCCAAGCCCGAUUUCGUCAUCGUGGGAGGCGGAAUGGCUGGCCUAGUUGUCGCAGCACGCCUGACUGAGAAUGCAGACACCACUGUUGUUGUCCUAGAGACUGGACAGGAUCACAGCUCAGACCCUCGAGUUCGCACCCCGAUGCUCUGGCCUUCACUGUUGGGCCAGAGUGAUUUUGGUUGGGAUUACCGCAGCACACCCCAGAAGGGUCGCGAUGGCAAGAUAAUACCUCUCUCCCAAGGCAAGGGUUUGGGCGGUUCCAGUGCGAUAAACGGUCAAGCCUUCGUCGCCAAUUCCAAGGUCGCUGCUGACGCCUGGGCCGAGUUCGGCAACACUGGCUGGGACUGGAAGACGCUGGGCCCGUACUACCAGAAAUUCCACACCCUGAGCCGUCCAUCUCCAGAGGCUUGUGACCAUCUGCGUCUCGGAUACAUUGAUGAUGCUGUACGGGGAACCAACGGCCCGGUGCAGGCCAGCUUCCCCGAGGAGACCGUCGACCCGCUGCCCGCCGCCUGGGUAGACACCUUGGCCGCACUUGGCUACCCAGCCUCAGGUGAUCCAUUCUCCGGAGAGAUGUACGGCGGAUACAUCAACGCUAUGAGCAUUGACCCUACCUCAAAGACCCGCAGCGAUGCAGUAUCGGCUUACCUCGGUCCGGCCAAAGCCCGAUCCAAUUUGCACAUUGUGACGGGUGCCACUGUCGAGCAGAUCGUUCUUGAUACCACCGCGGCCACGCCAAAGGCGAUCGGCGUCAAGGUACGUGAGGGCGAGAAAGUCUCGAUCCUUAAGCCUACCAAGGAGGUCGUCCUAGCCGCGGGCGUCUUCGGCACGCCCAAGCUUCUCGAGCUCUCGGGCGUUGGGUCAAGCGAGCAUCUGGAGCCUCUGGCGAUCACUGUGAUCGUCGACAACCCGAACGUUGGCGAAAACUUACAAGACCAUCCCAACACCAGCAUCAGUUUCGAAGUUGCCGGGGGCGUCAAGACAAUGGACGCUCUCAGCCGUCAAGAACCUGAGGCACUGGGCGCAGCCAUGCAGGAGUACAUGACCCUGAAAACAGGGCCGUUCGCCUCCGGCGGCAAUUUCGCUGGCUCGCUGCUGCCUUUGCCUGACUUUGAGGGCGAAGAAGGCGAAGCAACACUGAGCAAACUGAUAUCCUCGACGGGUGGCGAUGCCACACCUGGGCCAUUCUCCCACAGCCAUACUUCAUUCGUGCACCGGGUACUUGGUAUAGCGACCGAGGGUGUUGGCAACCUAUUCACUUAUGCAUCAUGCAGCAACGUCAUUUCUAAAGGCGCGGGUGUCGGCAUCAUUCAUCACGGCACCGACAGCACCCCGGGCAACUUCCUCACGAUCUGUGCGGCGUUGCUCUACCCACUCAGCCGUGGCUACGUACACAUCACGUCGGCCGAUCCCGCCUCUAAGCCUGAGAUUGAUCCGCGGUACCUGGAACAGCCGCUCGAUCUCGAAGUGCUGGCACGGUUCUUGAGAUACAUCGAAAAGAUCAUCCGUACAGAGCCGCUUCGUAGACUCCUCAAACAGGGCGGGAGGCGCAAUUUUGGGGCCCCAGAUGACCUGAGUAACCUCGACGUAACCAAAGACUAUGUCAACGGGUCGGCCCUGAGUUGCUGGCAUCCAACAAGCUCCUGUGCGAUGCUACCCAAGGAGAUAGGAGGGGUUGUGAGUCCCAAGCUCCUUGUGUAUGGCGUUGAGGGAUUGAGGAUUGUGGACUCUAGCAUCAUUCCCCUAGCGACGCGCGGAAACUGCCAGACGACUGUCUAUGCUGUUGCUGAGCGCGCUGCCGAUUUGAUUAAGGGGGACUACGGAAUCUUGUAG